UGCAGAAGUUUGCAGGUGACCAUUGCGCUGAAGCCUGAUGUAGGAACCGUGGGCGACUCAGUGCAGUUUUUAGUCUCUACAGACUCACAUAAUGGUUUUACGCUUAUAUCAUGGACUAUGAAUGGCUUCGCUCUAAUUACUUUUGAUGGUACCGGCACCACGAUGGACCCAGACUAUAGAGAGAGAAUCAACUUCAACAUCACUACUGGAUCACUAGAGAUGAAGAGUCUCACUCUGAAUGAUCGUGGGUCAUAUCAGAUAAACAUUAAAGCCUCAGGAGAAUCUGCAGUCCAACAUGUCAGCCUUGAAGUGUUGGCACAAGUGUCUGAUGUCAUAAUACAAGCCAAUGCCACUGAGCUAGUGGAGUUCAAUGACUCUGUCAGCCUGACAUGCUCCGCCUCUGGUUCCUCUCCCACGUUCCAUUGGCUCAACGGCAGCUCUGACAUCAUAGUCAGUGAACGAGUUCAUCUGAGUGCUUACAGUCGCACUCUCACCAUUAGUCCUGUUUUGAGAUCUGAUCAGAAGCCAAUAUACUGCAGUGUGACCAAUAUCAUCAGCAGUAACACCAGCCGGCCUAUCACCUUUAACGUCAGCUUUGGACCCGAUAACGUUGCAGUAACUGUGAGUCCUCCAGGGCCCAUAUUCACCUCAGGGACCAGCCUCACCCUGUCCUGCUCAGCUCAGUCCAGUCCUCCUGCACAGUUUCAAUGGGCUCUUAAUGACACACUGCUGAGCCAAAGGGGUGAUAAACUCCUGGUGACGAAUAUUAAGGCGAGUCAGAGUGGUAAUUAUACCUGCUGGGCUCAUAAGAACAGAACCCUGCGGUACCAUUUAUCUGAACCUUCAAUGAUCACUGUUCUGGAGGGAGGUGUCCACAAUGGCCUGUCUGGUGGAGCGAUUGCUGGGAUUGUCAUCGGUGUUUUACUGGCUCUGGGGCUUUUUCCAGCUGGAUUCUUUAUCUUGAAGAAACUGCGGUCCAGGACCUCUCCAGUGCCACAAAACUGUAAAGGUUCCACAGACUUGGCACGUCCUUGUCCAGAUGGACAUCAGAUGAGUGUUGUGUAUGAAAACUGCCAAGAGCUGGCGAACUCCAACGUUAAGGCUCCUGCUCCAAAGAAUUUUCAGCCCAUAUCCUCUGACUCAGACCACAUAUACACUGGUCUGGAAUUUAAUGACACAUCCACCUAUAGCAACUUAAACCUGAAGAUGGUGCAAUGAGGAUGAGGGUCCAAAUGAAGAGCAAAAGCCUAAGUUGUGUGGAAGUACUUCACAUUAAAAGUGAAUGAAAAUGCAGUUGUCUGUCAGUAUUGCAAAGCAGAACUAAAUAUUGCAACAUUCAUGGGAGUCGUGCAGUGGUUAGCACUGUGUUCUCACACUGGGGCCAGGGUUUGAGUCUCCACCAUGGCUCCAUAUGUGUGGAGCUUGCAUGUUCGAACCAUGUCCACAGUCUGAAAACAUGCUGAGGUUAGUUGGUCAAUAAACAAACAGCCUAUGUGAGAGAAUGGUGAAUACCAGAAAGUUAAUAGCAAACCAGAGGUGACAAAGGAAAAACUCCCUAGAAGGAAGAAACCAUGGGAGGGACUAGACUCAAAGGAGGAACCCAUCUUCUAGGGACCGGCAGAGGAAGUCAAAUUCACACUGUCCCAAUUUUAAGAUUUGAGUCACAAAGCAGGGGGCAGGCAGGUGAUGGCAGGCAGAAGCUGGUGCAGCUUCUGAUUGCAGGACGAACAGUGGUACAGCAGCAGGGCAUUCAGGAGAGACACCACAGGCAGAAGGGCGAGCAGGUAGUGAAGGGAGCCACUGGAAGUAGAGGCGUCGCAGGCAGUAGGGAAGGCAGAAUAUCUUGAUAUUAUUGUGUCUCCAGGCAGCACAGCCCAAGAGGGGUUGGGGAAAUAAAAAAUGCAAUCAGCUGAAUUAUGGGAGACUAGAGCCAGUGCAAACAGUUAGGUGAGUGUGGUUUGUAAGCUCUGGUAGAUAUGGCUACGGCAGCAUAAGUAGGAGGGAGAGGCAAGUGGGAACACAGGCAUGGGGGGUCCCUGAAAUGUCAGCACUCCAAUUCCACAAGGGGGUGUGAAGCUAGAGUGACAGCACUGACAGUUCAGUU